AUUCGAGGAGCAUAGUCUACGCAUGCGUAGUCGCGCGACUACCACUGGCAGACGCGUUCUCGGAGCCGCGCACGUAUUCCGCCGUGCGCGCUCACAGCACUGUGGUGCAUCAUGCGGCGCAAAUGGCGCAAUACCGCAAUUGCGGGAUUUUCCUGAUUCUAACCUAAAGACACUCCAAGAUAGUCGCGACAUAAAUUCACCGCGCAUCGACGGGCGAUAUUAGGUCUGUUUUUAAUUGCUGCACUCUAAACCGAUGCAAUAAGUUGAAGUGAAACAAAUGUAUAUUUGUUUCAUUUAAACUUAUUGCACUGUGUAUACCAGUUCAGAAAGCGCAGCAAUAAAAAAUAGACCUAUUGUGUUCUUGUGAUUUUUCCAACAUUCCUGAAACGUAGAGCGACGUUCUAGCUUAGGAUAUAACGAGAGAAGAAGAAGAAAAACAGGAGAAAAUUCUGAUCAUUAUCUGAUUUCUAGAAGAAAAAUGAAGAUGCGCUUACAAUUUUACAAGUAUAACGAUCGUAUUUUUGGAGAAUGCGGUGUGUGUGCUUAUCGUAAAGUGCGUUUGAUAUGAAAUUGUGAACUUAGUCUGUGAACGGACAGUAAACGUAAUAUUAUAAUAAUAACGAUUAUAAUAUUAUUGGUAAAAUUAUUGUUAUUCGGUAACGAUAUCGAUUGUUAGAAAACCAUUUUUAUCAUCUGAAAUAUGAGCGCCGAGGAGAGACUUGUCACUGAGGUACCUAGUAGCUUGAAGAAACUGGCACGUCUUGUUGUACGUGGGUUUUAUUCGAUUGAAGAUGCUUUAAUUGUAGAUAUGCUGGUUAGAAAUCCAUGUAUGAAAGAAGAUGACAUUUGUGAAUUGCUUAAGUUUGAACGCAAGAUGUUAAGAGCCAGAAUAUCCACAUUGCGAAAUGAUAAGUUCAUUCAAGUGAGAUUGAAGAUGGAGACAGGAUCAGAUGGCAAAGCACAGAAAGUCAACUAUUACUUUAUUAAUUAUAAAACGUUUGUAAAUGUGGUGAAGUAUAAACUUGAUUUAAUGAGAAAAAGAAUGGAAACUGAAGAGAGAGAUGCAACUAGUAGAGCUAGCUUUAAGUGUCCGAGUUGUUUAAAGACAUUUACUGAUCUUGAAGCUGAUCAACUUUUCGACAUGAGAACUGGCGAAUUUAGAUGUACAUAUUGUCGAGAGAUAGUGGAAGAAGAUCAGUCUGCUCUUCCAAAGAAAGAUUCCAGAUUAUUAUUAGCAAAAUUUAAUGAACAAUUGGAGCCACUCUAUAUACUAUUAAGGGAAGUAGAAGGGAUCAAAUUGGCGCCUGAAAUACUGGAACCGGAACCCAUUGAUAUCAAUACUAUUCGAGGUAUUGACACAAGAAAACCAAGCAGUCUUAGAGCACCUAGCGAACAGUGGUCGGGUGAAGCUACUAGAAUGACAGGCUUUAUAGUGGAGGAUACUAGAGUGGAUGUUACUAUUGGAGACGAAUCUCCCGAUGAUGCGUCGAAUCACAGAAAGGAGAGACCCAUAUGGAUGAGGGAAAGUACAGUUAUCAAUUCCGAUGGUUCACAGCCUGAUGGCGUGAAUGCGCAAGACAGCAUUUUGGACAAAGCUGCAGCCACUGCCACAAACAUGACUACGACGAAUAAUAAACAGGGCGAAGACAUUAUGUCAGUGUUAUUGGCUCACGAGAAGAAGGGCGGGACCAAUUCCGCGGCGUCUAUCAAAGCAGCGCUUCCACAGGAAUCUAGCGACAGUAGCGAUAACGAGGAGGAAGAAAUGCAGACAGUUGAUACUGGUGAGAUAGAGGCAAUGGAUUCCGAAGACGAUGAACUAGUACCGACCGUCAGUGUCGGCGGCAAAACCGUUGCGAUCACCGACGUUAACGACACCUUAAUUGCGGAAAUGACGCCCAUAGAGAAGGAAUCUUAUAUCCAGACGUAUCAGGAAUAUUAUUCGCAUAUGUACGACUAGGCGAAGAACAACGAGAGUCGUCUUCAUAAUGCUCUGCAUAAGACUGAUAUUGAUUUGGUAUCGUUGUUCUCUGUAAUAUUUUGUAUAGCCACAAAAUAUAUAUAAUUUUCGAUAAUGAUGCGAUGAUCUUUUAUAGUGACGUAGCAAUCCUGACAGGUUCGUCCUGUAUGUAUUUUUCUAUAUCGAUAAUGUAGCAGGUGCAUGUAUUCGCUGUAGCAUCUGAAGUAUUUGAAAAAUCGAUUUGAAAAGAGAAAAGAUAAAGGUGCAUUUUUUUUACAAUUUCAUAUGUAUUUUCUAAUGUAGUUGCAACUGAACAAUAUCGUUAAUCAACAGUUCUUUGUUAAUAAAUAAAUAAUUUAAUGUGUGGAAUAUCAUAAAACAUAAGAAAUUAAUUGGGACGAAUAAUAUACAUACCAUGUCACUUCUGGUAAAACGGGAAAUUCUUAAACUUAAUAUUACAAUUAUUAAGUUUACUUGACAUUUUUUUUGUUCAUCUUGCAAUGAAUUUCUGUCCAAUCACCACCAUUGCACAGAAAUUCCGAGACGAUUUUUUUUAUAUUUAGUUAUCUUUUCGCUUUUUUUUGUAUUUUUUUCAUUUUUUUUUCUUCAGUAACAGUUUCAUAAUAUUAUACAGUUAAUUUUUCUUGAAUAGUGUUCUUUUUUACCUACAUUCAUUUAAUACA